CAAAAAAGUGAUUCUCGGGAAGGGAACGUCUCAAUGUUCAUUCAGCUCAUCUAAGAAGGCACAAUUCAGCCAGUACGACGGAAAUUCUGCUCUCGUUCUGCUUUGCUGACACCUCAACGUCCUACGAUUGUCCAAUUCGAUGUUGGCCUUGCCUUCCGCUGCAGCUCGGACGGAGCCGCUGGUCGGUCAGAAGAGGACUCUGGAAGGUUUGCCAAAAAGUGGCAUAAAUUACGAUGACACGGCGUCGGCUCCAGUACAGCCCCGGGUGGAGGGUCUUGUGUUACCGACCUCAAAUACACCUGACGGAGCAUCUUCAACAUCAGCAGAUGCAAAGCUCGCACCGGUAUUAGCAUCGCCUGCCGAACAUACAGCAGAAGCAGCGACGAUUAUGCAGAACUUACGCACGGUUAAGGAGUCCGUUGUCAACAGUCACAAACUCCUAACAAUCUACCUGGCCCUACGAGAUGAGUUCGUAGCCUCUCUCAAUGCUUUGAAGGCAGCAAGAACAGCGCACGACGCCGACCGACAAAUACUUCGCAAUCUUCAACAUUCGCAUGCAGCGUUGCAACGCGACAUCGCUCAAAUACCCACCCUCCGCGCUCAGAACCAGAGGUUAGUGUCCGAGAAGACACAGUUGCAGACCGCCGUGAAUCAAUUGACGGCAGUGAUCAAGAAUCUGCCGGACAUGAAACAACUGGCGGACUCUAUUCAGGGGUAUCAGGAGGCUUGUGCAGCGAAGGAUAGGCAAAUCAUGGAUAUGAAGAAGCAGCUCGCGGAAUACCAGGCAAGAGAACGACGAAACGAGCAUCCCACACCUCCGGCAGAUCCGUUGCAGUUGGGGCUCGUGCCAAUGGAGGGAAGUGCAGCCAAUGGAGAUGGAAGUGUUGAUUUCGAUCUCGGCACAACCACGCAGUCUGCUACACAAGAGGGCGUUCAACCAGUGGUUAUCACUUUAGACGAUUAACGUGUUGUACUGGGAUGAGUUGGGGCAGUUGUGG